UAAAUUUUAUUCUCUUUUAAUUAUUAUGAUUGCGUCAUUUACAACAACAAAUGGUCAAUAUGUCAACUUAACAGCAAUAAAAUUUGUUUAUUAUUAUGGACCUGAAACAAGUGACAAUGAAACUUAUAGUAUUGAAGAGAACUGGAAAAUUUUAAAUCAUCCAUUUUUUAAUAAUAGUAAAAGAACAACAUGUUAUAUACACGGUUAUACUGAAAGUCAAUCAGCUGAAAGUGUUCAAACAAUUAUAAAAGCAUAUUUAACACAAAUCAAUGAAUUUAAUUUGAUUACAUUGGAUUGGAAAAAAUUGGCUAGUGGACGGUAUAUUAGUGAUGCUGUUAAAAAUGCUUUAAUAUUAGGUGAUUUAUUAGGUGAAGUCUUUAUUAGAUUCUUUAAGAAUGGUAUGAAUUUAGAAAAAUUUCAUUUUAUUGGUCAUUCAUUGGGUGCACAAUUAGCAGGUCUUAUAGGUAGAAGUAUACAAAGAAAUUCAGAUGGAGAAAUUAAAAUUCCAAGAAUAACCGGAUUAGAUCCUGCUUUCCCAGGCUUUUAUAUAUUUCCAUUACGAAAGGCUCUUAAUGCUGAUGACGGAGAUUUUGUUGACAUUAUUCAUACAGAUGGAUUAAUAUAUGGGGCUCCACUUAGCAUUGGAACUGUUGAUUUUUGGCCUAAUCGUGGUAGUUUUACACAACCUAGCUGCCCUAAAAGAAACUUUAAAAUAUUAAGCGAAAAUGAUGUGUGUAGUCAUCAUCAAGCAUGGAAAUUUUGGGCUGAAAGUGUUACGAAUUUAUAUAAUGUUGAAUUUUUUGCUGCAAAAGCUUUAUCAUGGCAGGAUUUUCGUAUUCGAUCACAAUUUAUGAAAUUACCAUUAGCUAAAAUGGGAAUAAAUUGUCCAAAAAAUAUUUCUGGAAAAUAUUAUUUGCAAACAAAUCCAAAAUCACCAUUUGCUAGAGGCUUAGAUGGCGCCAUCUAUAAUAAUAAGCUACAAAAUAAAAUAAAAAAACUUAAUUAAUAUUAUUAAAAUUAAAUUAUAUAGAAUUUAAGUGAUUAUUUUAAUAUUUCGAUUUUAUUUGCUAAUAAUUGUAAA